AGAACUGACGUGGUACCACAAACAGCAGCAUUACGCCGGUUCCACCGACCGCCUAUAUAUACGCUCACGGGUGGAAGCAUAAGCCGCAAGAGCUUUCUUACCGUGGUCAAAACGCCUCGAGAUGAGACUUCUAGCGCUUCUGCCAUCGCUGUUCGCGGUGUCCCUCGCGGACACGGGACUGGGACCGAAAGUUACCAAUCAGGUUCGCAUGGCCAUUUCCAUCGACGGAAAGCACAUCGGCGCCUUCGACGUGGGACUUUUCGGAGGUACAGUUCCCAAAACGGUCGAGAACUUCCGACAGCUGUGCCUCGCCAAGCGAACCAGCGAGACCGCUCCUCUGAACGGCUAUGUUGGGAGCAUCUUCCAUCGUGUGAUCAAGCAAUUCAUGCUGCAAGGUGGUGAUUACACCCGAGGAGACGGCACCGGUGGAGCCUCUAUCUACGGUGAGCGAUUCGCUGACGAGAACUUCAAGCUCAAGCACUACGGCGCCGGCUGGUUGUCGAUGGCCAACGCCGGAAAGGACACCAACGGAUCUCAAUUCUUCAUCACGGUGAAGAAAACUCCCUGGCUCGAUGGUCGCCAUGUGGUAUUCGGUAAGAUUGUCGCUGGCAUGGAUGUCAUCCGGAUAAUCGAGAAUAAUCCCACUGGAGCCAACGACAGACCAAUCAAAGAAGUCAAGAUCACGGCCUGCGAAGAAAUCCCCGUUGCGGAACCGUACUCUGUCACUAAGGACGACGCUGUGUGAAUCAGAGACCAAAUAUUCCCUGUACAGAGGAGAGAGAUCUCUCGAAAAGCUUGACGAACUUAUGUUUGAAAUCGACGCUGAAUAAAUUCCUAUCUGUCGUCAAUUUUAA